GAAGACGUUUAAACGACCUCGUAAUCGAAGCUGUUCAGUUGUUUCUUGUCCCAGACACAACGAUGUUUUCAAAGAGUGUAGUCGUGUGCAGUCUUUUGGCACUUGCCGCGAUCGCCGCGGCAACCGACGUAUUGCAGUGCCCCGGUAAAAACAUUCAGAAUUUGAAAGAAAAUGUUCAAUUGACGCCCUGCAAAAAAGCACCAUGCAAACUAAAAAAAGGAACUAAUCAACAUAUCAGCAUUAAUUUUACACCAGACACCGACCUGGAUGAAAUAACAAAUCAUGUAGUGGCUGAUGUUUUUGGAGUUGAAUUACCAUUUGUGGGAGUCGACGGCAAUCCAGUAUGCGACAAACUUCAGACUGCCGAUGGGCAGCCAGCCUCGUGCCCACUCAAAGCAGGAACAACAUACACAUAUAAGGACUCGUUUCCCAUACUUAAUUUUUAUCCAUCAAUAGAAGCCAAAGUACAUUGGGAAUUACAAGCACAUAAAAAAGGAGUCAUUUGCUUCGAAAUGCCAGUAAAAAUUGUUUAGAUUUUUAUAACUUGUUUAAAAUCGACAUGGUCAUGGAAGUAUUUAUAUUUAUUCUCAAAGAUUCACGAGCAACGUGCCGUUAAAUGAUGUGUGAUAUUAGACCUUGAUCGUAUGAACCGGCGAUUGACUGUAACGAGGGCAGAUUUAUGGGUUGAUGUCAAUAUCUGGUUAUACCACGAAUGAAAAUGUUAUUAGAUAUAGAUUACAUAGAUUGCAAUGUAUUUAUUGUAAUCGAUUGAAGGACAAAUACCGCUGAAACAAAUACACGUGAAAUUAUUAAUUUCUAAUAUUAUGGUGUAUAAUAUUGUCUAUUCGCCUAACAAAGAAGUCCUUUGAUGUCCUUUAUUUGAAGUAUAUAUAAGUGUUCUUUAUAUAGUUGCCUGCACAAUGAUCUUACAGUUGUACCUAGCUUAUAGUUAGAUAAAAGAAUUUGAACAUUGCAACAUUUAUAUUCAAUAAAAUUUUGUACCAUUUUGAUAAGAUUUACACAUUGUUAACUGAAUUAAUUUUGGAUUCUUGAGUGGUCUGUUUCUUUGUCAGAACAAUCAUGUUCCAGAAUUUCUGUUCAUUACCUACUAGCUAUUGUAUUGAUUAAGUUUAUUAUGGUUAUAAUUUUAGUACUUACAUAUAUAUUUUAAUGGAUUAAGAAUUAAAGUAUACAAAAC